AUGCGCGGCGAAACGAACCUACAGGACCUCGAGAGCGGCCCCUACUUUGGGAGCUAUGCUCUACAGGGGCGCCGCAAAAAGAUGGAGGACUCGGCAAUUUUAGCACCGUGUCUCGUCAAGUGCAAGGCCGAACUCGGCUCGGCCGGGACGUCACUCUCGAGGCCGCUGCACGACGCCAUCGAGGAUCCGAGCCCCCUGUACACCGACGCCAACGAGCCGGCGGGCGCCAAAGAAGACAUCCUGCACUUUUUCGCCGUCUACGACGGGCAUGGCGGAGCCGUUGCGUCGCGUUUUUGCGCGAAGCGGCUGCACCAUUUCUUCUCCGCGCGCCUGCACUUGCUGGCGUCCCUCCCGCCCGGCGCGGCCCCCCCGGCCAUGCCGUGCCAGGACGGUCCGGCCGCCGAGACCGGCGGAGCUGAGGACGAGCACGUCGCGGCCGCGGGCGAGAAGUCGGCGAGCAGCCUCGCCAGCAGUAUCCAGGAGGACUGUUUCGGUCCGCAGACGGUCGACCUGCGGCAGCUGCGGCCGCUCACCGCGGACAUGAUCACCGACGCGCUCGAGUACGCGUUCCUGGAGGCGCACGAGCGCUUCUGCCGGAAGACCGCGGUCGAGCUUAUCGGCACCACGGCCACCGUCGGCGUCGUAUCAUCGACGCACAUCUUCGUGGCGUUCUCCGGCGACUCGCGCGCGGUGCUGCGCAAGCACGGCGUGGCGUACCCCGUGACGCUGGACCAGAAGCCGGAGCGGCCGGACGAGGCGGAGCGGAUCAAGGCGGCAGGCGGGAACAUAUACGUGACGGACGGGCAGCGCGUGGAGGGCAUCCUCGGCAUGACGCGGGCCAUUGGAGACUCGGCGCUGACCACGGCGGGCGUGACGCCGCUGCCCGAGGUGACGGUGCUGCGGCGGGCGCCCGGGGACGAGAUGCUCGUGCUCGCGUCGGACGGCCUGUGGGAGUGCGUGAGCAACGAGGUGUCGGUGGAGGCGGCGCACCGGUGUCUGGAGCUGGUGGCGGAACGCGGCAAGGGGCGCAACGUGGGAGCGAAGCACGCAGCGAAGGUGCUCGCGAACCACGCUUUCAAGAAGGGCAGCGGGGACAACAUCACCGUGCUCGUGCUGGACCUCGCGGGGCCGGACGACCGAAAACCAAAGACGCAGUCAGCCUCGGAAGGGAAGGCCGGGGGCGGCGAGCCGAUGGACGUCGACGGGGGAUGA